AUGGCUUUCGGCGUCCUUGAAAGUAAUGCUUCUGAGCAACCUGCUGGGACUGUCUUCCUCGAAGACUCCCAAGAUGGCAUGCACACGAUCUUGGUGCCUGCACCCUCCAAUUCUCCUCAUGACCCUCUCAACAUGUCCAAAAUCCGAAAGGAGCUUUACUUCUUGACCCUCCUCUUUGGUGCCUGCGCAACUGGCGCAGUAGGCCCUGUUCUCGUCCCAGCUUUCGGCAUUGUGUCGCAGACCUUCCAAACCCCCCUCUCCAAGGUGGCCCUCCUCAACGGAUCGCUGGUCCUUGGCAUGGGUGUCAGCUGCUUCUUUUUGGCAGUCGUCUCAGAUCUGUGGGGCCGCAGGAUCAUCUUCGUCGUGACCUCAAUCUUGCUGGUAGUCACCCACAUCUGGGCUGCUGUUUCUCAAGGAUACGAGUCACUCUUGGCAGCCCGUGUGUUCCAGGGAGUCGCCAUGGGGCCAUUCUUUUCCCUGGCUGGCACAUCCUGCGUCAACGACGUCUUCUUUCUUCAUCAAAGAGGCAGACGGGUCGGUCUGUGGAACUUUGCCAUCAUCGUCUCUGUCAACAUCGCCCCGGUCAUCAGCGGGUAUCUCAUCGUCGACAUGGGCUGGCGCUGGGCCUUUUGGUUCCUCGCUGUGGCCUUCGCUGUUGGGUUGGCCAUGGUGGUCUUUUUCCUCCCCGAGACUAAAUGGCACAGGGACGAGAUCACAUCGAGUGUUGUUGGAGAAGAAAAGACCGAUGAAAAGGCUGUAAGGGCUGAGGAAACCCCGGUCGAGAUUGCACUGUGGAGGAAGAUAUGUGGAGUCCAACAUCUCCAGUUCGCCAGCGCCAAAGAACUGCUGCCUGGCCUUGCCAGGUCCAUUCUCAUGCUUCGACAUCCUGCCGUCGUAUGGGGGUGCGUCAUGUGGUCAAUGACCUUUACCUGGGUCAUUGUUCUUGGUGCUGUCGCUGACCAAAUCUUUGGCGCUCCACCAUACAGCCUCGACGCGACCCAGGUCGGACUUGUCAUCGGCAUCGCUCCUCUUGUUGGGUCUGCCCUGGGAACACUGAUCUCUGGCUGGAUGUCUGAUCUUGCUGCCCACUACAUGUCCGCGUUCAACGGGGGUCUGUACGAGCCCGAGUUCCGACUCGUCGUCAUUGUUCCUUCUGCAAUCACCAUCGCUAUCGGAGCUUUUGGCCUUGGCGAUGGAAUCGAGCAUGCCAAAUCCACAAUGGUUUGCUGCGUCCAUCUGGCCCUGAUCAACUUUGGUGUUGGCGCAGGCUGUACCGGUAUCGUCACGUACACCAAUGAUGUGUGCAUGGAUCGUGCAGGAAGCGCUUUUGGUCUGGCAAUGCUUAUCAAGAGUUCUUUUGCAUUCGGCCUCACCUUUAUGCUCAACGAUUACUACGCCACCAAAGGCCCGAUGGUUUUUUUCAGUACCUGGGGAGGUCUGACACUGGGUAUCUGUCUGACCACUGUUCCACUGUAUGUGUUUGGAAAGAGGAUUCGAAGCUGGAUGGGCCGGUGGUGA